AUGGCGGCAACAGGUCCACCUAAAGAGCAAAUUGCCGAGAUUUUCAAGAGCUUCAAGAACUCCCACAAGCUCAACAAGGUAUGCUUUGAUUGUGGUGCCAAGAAUCCCACUUGGGCAAGUGCAACAUUCGCCGUGUAUAUCUGCUUGGACUGCUCGUCGGUCCAUCGCAACAUGGGUGUUCAUAUCACAUUCGUUCGUUCUACGAACCUCGACUCGUGGUCCUGGCCACAGCUUCGCCUGAUGAAAGUAGGCGGCAAUGGCGCAGCGAGUGACUUCUUCGCCGCACAUGGUGGAAAUGCUCUCUUGGUUCCUUCGACAGAGGGAAAGGUUAAGUACACGUCGGCUGUUGCUCAGCGGUACAAGGAAGAACUCAAUCGUCGCGCUGUACAGGAUGCAGGGGCGCUUGGUAUUCGUGCUCCAUUUUCUGUGUCUGGUACGGCAUCCGGCUCUACGGCCAAGUCGGCCACUGCCUCCAAGUCUGCAGACGACAUGGACUUUUUCGACGAAUGGGACUCGACCAUCCCAUCGAAUGAGAGUGUGCCAGAGCCUACUCCCUCGAUGGCCGAGACAAAAUCGGCUCACGCUACGGACUACACGCCACCCGAGCCCACCCACGCACCGGCGCCAGCUCCGAUGGCCCCGCGACCGGUGUCAUCCGCCGGACUGCGUGCCAAGACACGCCCCACAGGUACACUUGGCGCUGUACGUGGCACGUCAUCUACAAGUGCUCGCCCAACAAAGCUUGGUCUGGGAGUCCGUAAAGCAGCCGCACCGUUGAACUUUGAUGAGGCAGAGCGUCGGAUGAAGUUGGAGCAGGAGAAGGCUAUGCAAGCUGCAAAAGAAGCGCAGGAACAAGCUGCGACUGCUGAGCUACAAGCAGACGUAUCAGAAGAUCCAGCGGUGCUCGAAACGCCUAAGGAAACGACGGCGGCAGUGCCAAGGAGCCCAGUUGGUGCCAAGUCCAAGAUUAAGAGCAAUGCAGGCGUCGACCGUCUUGGUAUGGGCUUCACUCGCUUGGGCAUUGCGCAGGCCCGCAAUAAUGCAUCUAUGCAAAACAAGUCAGCUGCUAAUGUAUCAUCAACAACUGAAGCGAACGAGUCAAACUAUGCGCGCCAGAACUUUGCAUCGCAAAAAUCAAUCUCAAGUGAUCAAUACUUUCAGCGCGGUGGAUACGAUCCAAAUCUCUCAGACGAGACCAAGGCGCGCUUGGCCAGCUUCCAGGGACAAACAUCCAUCUCUUCGAACCAGUACUUUGGGCGCGAAGAAGAUGAAGAAGACGAUGAGCCUGUCGAAACUGAUGACUUUUCUGACUUUGAAGCAUCUGCACGUGCAUAUUACCGGAAGAUCAUGUCGAACCCAGACGUGCAGAACGGCAUCGACAAGAUUCGCUCAGGUGCUUUAAAGCUGUCACAAUACCUCGAGGACUUGAGUCGGAAUGGAGCCUAG